AUGGGAUGUUGUUGGUUGGGUUGGUUUGUUGUUGGGGGGGGUUUGGUGGUGGUUGGGGUGGUUGGGGGGGGGUGGUUUGUGGGGGUUGUGUUUGGGUUGGUUUUUGUUGUGUUUGUGUUUUGUUUGUUGGGGUUUUUGGGUGUUGUGGUGGUUGGGGGUUGUUGGAGUGUGGGUGUGGGGUUGGGUUUGGGGUUUUGUUGGUUUGUGGUGUUGGGGGGUUGUGGGGGUUGGGUAUGGGGGGGUGUGGGUUGGUGGGUUGUGGUGGGGGGGUGUGGUGUUGGGGUUGGGGGGUUGGGGGGGUUUGGGUUGGUGGUGGUUUUUAGGGGUUGGGGGUUGUGGGGGUUGGGGGUUUGGGGUUUUGUGGGGGUGGUUGGUUGGUUGGGGUUGGGUUUAGGGUUGUUGGUAGGGGGGUUGUGGGGGGUUGGGGGUGGGGGUUUGGGGUUGGGGGGGUGGGGGGGGGUUGGGGUUGGUGGGUUUGGGUUGUUGGUGGGUGGGGGGGGUUGGGGGGUUGUGGGGGGGGUUGUGGGGGGUUGGGGGGGUGUGUGUGUGGUGUGGUGUGUGGGGGGGGGUGUGUGUUGUUGUGUGGGGGGGGGGGGGUGUUGGGUGGUGUGUGUGGUGUGGGUGUGGGUGUGGUUGUGGUGUUUUGUGGGUGUGUUGUGUGUGUGGGUGGUGUGUGUGUUGUGUGGUGUGGUGUUUUGGGUGUGGUGUGGGGGUGUUUUUGGGGGGGGUUGGUUGUUUUUGGUGUGGUUGGUGUGUGUUGGUGGUGUGUGGUUUGUGUGUUUUUUGGUGUUUGUGUGGUUUUUUGGGGGGGUUGGUGUGUUUGUGGUUGUGUGUUGGUGUGGUGGGUGUGUGGGUUUUGUUGUGGGGGUGGGUUGGGUGUGUGUGGUGUGUGUGGUGUUGUGUGUGUUGUUGUUGUGGGGGUUUGUGGUGUGUGUGGGUUUUGUGGUGUGUGGUGUGGUGGGGAGUUGCUUGGUUUGUUGUGGUGGGUUUUGGGGGGUUGGUUGGGGGGGUUUGGGUGGGUUGUGUGUGUUUUUGGGUUUUUUGUGGUGUGUGUGGGGGGGGUGGUUGUUUGGGGGUGGGGUGUGGGUGGUGUUUGUUUGGUGUGGUGGUGGUGUUUUGGGGGGGUUGUUUGGGGGGUGGGGGGGGUUGUGGGUGGGGGGUUGGGUUUGUGUGGUGGGGGUGGGGGUGUUGGGGGGUGGGUGGGGGGGUGUGUGGGGUUGGGGUUUGGGGUUUGGGGUGGGGUUGGUGGUGGUGGGUGGGGGGUUUGGGUGGGGUGUUGUUUUGGUGGGGGGGGGUUUUGGGGUUUGGUGGUGGUGGGGUGGUGUGGGUUGGGGGUGGGGGUAUUUGUGGGGGGGGGGGGGGGGUGGUGGGGGGGUGUGGGGGGGGGUGGUGUGGUGUGGGUUUGUGGUUGGUGGUUGGUGGGGGUGGGUGGUGGUGGUGUGUGUGAUGGGUGUGGGUGGGUUUGGGUGGUUUUGGGGGUUGUUUGGGUGGUGGGUGUGUGUUGUGUUUGGGUUGUGGGGGGGGUUGGGGGGUGUGUGGUGGGGGUGUGGUUGUGUGGUUUUGGUUGGUUUGGGUGUUGGUGGUUGUGGUGUGUUUGUUGUUGGGGUGUUGUGGGGGUUGGUUUGUGGGGUUGGGUUGGUGUGUGGGUGGUGUUGGGGGGUGGGGUGGUGUGUUUGGUGGGGGGGGUGUGUUUUUGGUGUGGGGUGUUGUGUUGGUUGGUUGUUUUUUUGGGUGUGGUGUGUUGUGGGGGGUUGGGGGUGGUGUUGUUGUUUUUUGUUGUUUGUGGUGGGUUGGGUGGUUGGGGGUAGGGUGGUGUGUGGGGGGGGGGGUUUUUGUUGUUGUUGGGGUGGGGGUUUUGUGUUUGUUGGGGGGUUGUGGGGGGGUGGGGGGUUGGUUUUGGGUGGGUGGUUUGUUGUGGGGGGGGGGGUGGGUGUUGGGUUUGUGGUGUGGGUUGGGGGGGGGUGUUGGUGGGGGUUGGGUUUUGGGGGGGUUUGUUGGGUUUGUUGUUUUUGGUUUUGUUGUUUGGUGGUGGUGUGUUUUGGUUUUGUUUUGGUGGGGGGGUUUGUUGGUUUGUUGGUUGGGUGUUUGUGGGGGUGUGGUUUGUUGGGGUUGGUUGGGGGUUGGGGGUUUUUGUUUGUUUGUGGGGGUUGUUUGUGGUGGGUUGUUGGGUGGGGGGGUUUGGUGUGGGUGGUUGGGUUGUUGUGGUGGUGUGGGUGGGUUGUGGUGUGUGUUGGUGGUUGUGUUUUUGGUGGGUGGGUGUUUGUUUGGGUGUGGGGUUGGGGUGGGGGGGUUGGGGUGUGGGUGGUUGUGUGUUGGUUGUGGGGGUGGGGGGGUUUUUGGGGGGUGUUUGGGAUUGGGGGGUUGUGGGUGGUUGGGGUGGUUUGGGGUGGGGGGUGGUGGGUGGUUUGUGGGGUGGUGUGUGGUGGGGGGGGGUGUGGGUGUUGUUGUGUGUGGGUGUUGGUGUGGUAUAGUGGGGUGGUUUUUGGGUGGGGUUGUUGGUUGUGGUGUUUUUUGAGUGGUGGUGGUUGUGUGUGUUGUGUUGGGGGUUGGUUGGGGUUGGUGGUUUUGGGUUGGUGGGGGUUGUGGUGUGUUUUUUUGGGGGGGUGGGGGGGGGGGGUGUUUAGGUUUGUUUGUUGGUUUUGUUGGUUGUUUGUUGUGUUUGGUUGGGUGUUAUGUGGGUUGGGGGUUUUAUGUUGGUGGUUGAAGUUAGUUUGUGUUUUGGUUGUUGGGUUUGAGAUGGAGUUGGUUGUUGUUUUUGUUGAUGGGUAUUUUGUGGUGGGGGUAGUUUGGUGGUUUGGGGGUAUUGGUGUUUUGUUGGGGUGGUUGUGUUUUUAUGGUGGGUGUUUUUUGGUUUUUUAUUUGUGUGGUGGUUUGGGGGGGUUUGGUGGUGGGGUUUGUUUUGUUGGUGGGGGUUGGGUGUUUGUGUUGUGUUGUUUGUUUGUUUUGGGGGGGUUUUUGGGUUUGGGGUGUUGUUGGGGGUUUUGGGUGUAUAUGUGGAUGGUUGUUUUGUUUGUGGGGUUGGGUUUUUGGGUUGGUUUUUGUGGGAUUUUGGAUGUUGUGGUGGGGUGUUGUGAUGUUUUGUUGUUUGGGGUAAUUGUGUUGGGUUUUUUGGGGUGGUUUGAGGUUUGUGUUGUUGGUGUGUGGGGGGUUGUUUGGUGGGGGGGUUGUUUUGUUUUGUGGUUGUUGUUUUGGGGGGGUGUGAGGGGUGGAUUGGUUUGGGGGUGUUGGGUUGGUAUUGUAGUGGAGGUAAUUUUUGUGUUGGGUUGGGGGUUGGGGAGUUGUUGGGGGUGUUUUGGGGGGUUGUGUGGGGUGGGUGGGGGUGGGGGGGGGGUUUGGUGGGGGUGUUGGUUGUGUGGGGUUUGGGUGGGGGGUGAUGUGGUUGUUUUUAUGUUGUUGUUUGUGGGGUGGGGGUAUGGGGGGUGGUGGGGGUUAGUGGUUGGGGUUGUGGUGUGGGGUGAUGUGUGGUGGUGGGGUGGAGUGGUGGGGUGGAUGGUGGGGGGUGGGUUGGGUGGGAUGGGGUGGGUUUGGGGGGGGGGGUUUGUGGGUGGGUGUGUGGGGGGUGGGUUUUUGGGGUUGUGUUUUUGUGAUAGUUUGGGAAUGGAGGGGGUUAGAGUUAGGGGGAUAGGGAUGAAGGUUGGGGGUGGGGGGGGUGGGGGGUGGGGGGGGGGGGGGGGGGGGGGGGGGGGGGGGGGGGGGGGGGGGGGGGGGGGGGGGGGGGGGGGGGGGGGGGGGGGGGGGGGGGGGUUUGGGGGGUGUUGGGUGGGGUGGGGGGGGGGUGGGGGUGGUUUGUUUUGGGGGGGGGGUUUUGUGGUUGGUGUGGGGGGUGUGUGGUGGGGGUGUGGUUGGUGGUGGGGGGGGGGGUGGUGGGGGGGUGUUGGUGUUUGUGUGGUUUUUGUUGGGUUUGUUUGUGUUUUGGGUGUGGGGGGUGUGGGUUGGUGUUUUUGGGGGGGGUGUUGGGUGGGGGGGGGUUUGUUUUGGGUGGUUGUGUUGUUUGGGGGGUGGUUUUUGUGGGGGUGGGGUUUGUGUUGUGUGUGGUUGUUUGGUGUUUUGUUGUGGUGUGGUUGGUUUGGUUGUGUGGUUGUUUGGGUGGUGGGUGGGGAUGUGAUGUGUGUGGUUUUUUUUUUUGGGUUGUGUUUGGUGGGUUGGUGGGGGUGGGGUGGGUGGGGGUUUUUGUGUGUGUGUGUGGUUUUGUGGGUUUUGUUUGGUUUUUUUGGGGUGGUUUUGUGUUGGGGGGUGGUUGUUGGGGGUUGGUGGGGUUUGGGGGUAUGUGUUUGGUGUUUUGUUGGGGUGGGGUGUUGGGUGUGUGGGUUGAUUGGUUUGGUUUUGUGGGGUUUUUUGGGUUGGUUGGUUAGUUUAGGGGUUUUGGAUUGUGGUUUGUGGUUUUGGGGUGGGUGUUAA